UCCAAGCUAGCCAGGUCCAGUACCGCCCACUCGGUAGUAGCAAUGGUCUCCUUCACCAAGACAUUCUUCGCCAUCGUUGCCUGUGCGCUCGGCGUCCAAGCCCACGGGUACGUUGAUACCCUCAACGUUGGUGGCACCCAGUACACUGGGUACCUGCCUUACAACGACCCGUACACGACCCCGGCCCCCCAGCGCAUCGAGCGUCCCAUCCCAGGGAACGGCCCCGUCACAGCCCUAACUACAAUCGACGUUCAAUGCAACGGGGAGAAUGGCGGAGGCAGCUCUCCGGCGCCCCUCGUGGCCACUAUUGCGGCGGGUGGCAAGAUCGCCUUCCAUUGGACCACCUGGCCGUCUUCGCACGUCGGUCCCGUAAUCACCUACCUUGGCAAGGUGCCGAGCAGCACCGACGUUACCAAGUACUCGCCCACCGGCUCGGACGUCAUCUGGUUCAAGAUCGACGAAGGUGGAUACUCUAACGGCAAGUGGGCCGCCACCGACGUCCUCUCCGCGCAAAACAGCACCUGGACGGUCACUAUCCCGAGCUCGCUUGCUCCGGGGCAGUACAUCGUCCGCCACGAGAUCAUCGCCUUGCAUCAGGCGCAGACGUAUCCGGGCGCCCAGAGCUACCCCGACUGCUUCCAGAUCCGGGUGACCGGGUCCGGAAACAAGACCCCCAGCGGAAGCUACCUCGUCUCCUUCCCCGGUGCUUACACUGCUACGACCCCCGGAAUCGCUUUCAACGUCUACACCAACUUCACCUCGUACCCGAUCCCUGGCCCCGCCGUCUGGACCGGCAAUUAAGUGAUCAGAUAGCGAGUCCUCAAGUCGCACGGUCGAGUGUCGCUCACCCGUGUACUCAGGACUCGUGACUUGAGCGGGCAUCGUGCUCAGCAUGUUCAAGCAUUGGAUUGGAUUAAUUGACUAGUUCGAAUCUCGAUAUGAAUUUCUGUCUUCUUGAUGUCUUCUUCAGAUGUGUGGGCUUUCCGGAUAGUUAAACUGCUGUACAUAUGUUAAUUAUGGAGAAUGUGUAUUUGCUGUGCCUUCAA